CAAAAACCCAAAAAGCAUAAUUUUCUUGCCUCAAACUACCAUUCUCUUUCAAAAACUCUCACAGCCCUUCUUCCUAGCGACAUACAUAUUAAUUUGGAACCGUUCAAAAUCAUGAGCUCUGAAAAUAUUGGUGCAAAUGGAAAUGGGAACUGCUUGGGUUGGGCUGCAACAGACGAAUCUGGAAUUUUAUCGCCUUACAAGUUUAGCCGAAGGUCUCUUCAAAACGAUGAUGUUUCCGUAAAGAUUACACACUGCGGAAUUUGUUAUGCUGAUGUGCUUUUUCCAAGGAACAAGCAUGGAAAUGCAAAGUAUCCAAUGGUGCCCGGACAUGAGAUUGCUGGCAUUGUGCAAGAAGUUGGUUCCAAUGUUCAUGGCUUCAAAGUCGGUGACCAUGUCGGAAUAGGAACUUAUGUUAAUUCGUGCAGAAACUGUGACUAUUGUGGUGAUGGUCUUGAAGUUUUUUGUGAAAAGGGAGCAGUUUUUACUUAUAACAAUGUUGAUGAGGAUGGCACAAUUACACAAGGAGGGUUUUCCAGUUACAUUGUUGCUCAUCAAGGGUACUGCUUCCGGAUACCAGAUGGCUAUCCGUUGGCCUCAGCAGCUCCUCUGCUUUGUGCUGGCAUCACUGUUUACACUCCGAUGAUGCGCCACAAGAUGAACCAGCCCGGAAAAUCUCUAGGGGUGAUUGGACUUGGUGGCCUUGGUCACUUGGCAGUGAAAUUUGGGAAGGCUUUUGGGCUAAAUGUGACCGUUUUCAGCACGAGCACAUCGAAGAAAGAAGAAGCUCUAACUCUGCUUGGUGCAGACAAUUUCGUGGUCUCAUCCGACCUAGAGCAGAUGACGGCCCUGGCUAAGUCACUUGACUUCAUUAUUGACACAGCAUCUGGUGAUCAUCCAUUUGAUCCAUACAUGUCCCUGUUGAAGACUGCUGGUGUUCUUGUCUUGGUUGGGGCUCCAAGUGAAGUCAAAUUGAGUCCUCUAAGCCUGAUUGGGGGUAUGAAGUCGAUUUCUGGUAGCGCAACGGGCGGUACGAAGCAGACGCAGGAAAUGCUAGACUUCUGUGCUGCUCACAAGAUAUAUCCAAACAUAGAAAUAGUCCCAAUUCAGUAUGUAAAUGAAGCUCUUGAGAGGCUGAUAAAGAGAGAUGUGAAGUACCGUUUUGUGAUAGAUGUCGAAAGCUCCCUGAAAUGAUAAGAAAAAGUGAGAUUUCUCUUCCAAUGCCUUGAUCAGUUGUUAUAGAGACUGAAGAAGCUUGAGAAGGCUGUAUACUGAGAUUUGCAAUAACAUGUAACAGGGUUUGUAUUUUGGGCUUUUUGAACUUCUGCAUUAUGUGAGUGGUCAGUGGUUAGAACUUAGAAGGAUUAAAUGAAUAAACUACUAUGUGAUUUGGAAUUUUGAGCA